UGGAAAGAGGGGAAAGCAAACAAUUUUUAGGCCCGCCGCGUCCAGCAAAAAAUAUGAGAAAAAAAUUAUUAAAAAUCCGGGGAAUAGUUGAAAGUGAAGAAAAACGCCGUAGAAAGGAUGCUAACGCUCCCACGGACCUUGAGUCUCUGCUGUGUUGAAGAUUUGGGCUUUCUCACUCUGUCUGUGCCAGGACACAUCGCACGUGUCCACCACAUGGCUUGCUGCCGCUAAGUUGCCAUGGCAACUGUAGCUCCUAACGACUGCCCCGCCAAGGCAGAGAGCUGUCGAGUGAGGAAGAGGAGGGUGGAUGGGAAAGUGAGGAAGAACUUCUCCUGUCAGUUGUGCGAGAAGGCCUUCAACAGCUUGGAGAAGCUGAAGGUGCACUCGUACUCCCACACGGGAGAGAGGCCGUAUCGCUGCACACACACUGACUGCACCAAGGCCUUCGUCUCCAAGUAUAAACUGCUACGGCACAUGGCCACACACUCGCCAGAAAAGACACACAAGUGCAGCUACUGCGAGAAGAUGUUCCACCGUAAAGAUCACCUGAAGAACCACCUCCACACUCACGACCCCAACAAAGAGGCUUUCAGCUGCACGGAAUGCGGCAAGAGCUACAAUACCAAGCUGGGCUUUCGACGGCAUCAAGCCCUGCACGCCGCACACCGCGGAGACCUCACCUGUCAGGUGUGUCUGCAGCCAUACCCGAGCACCCCCCUACUGCUGGAGCACCUGCGCGGCCACGCUGGGAAAAGCGCUACCGCGACUAAGGAGAAGCGGCAUCAGUGCGAGCACUGCGAGAGGCGUUUUUACACCCGUAAGGACGUGCGACGCCACUUGGUCGUGCAUACGGGACGCAAGGACUUCCUGUGCCAGUACUGCGCCCAACGGUUUGGCCGCAAAGACCAUCUGACCCGCCAUGUCAAGAAGAGCCACGCUCACGAGCUGCUAAGGGUUAAGGCGGAGCCUGUGGACUUGAUGGAGCCACGUUCCUCUCCAGCAUCGGGGCCUUUCGCUUUGAGGUAUCCGCUAGGUCACGCAUCUUACUCGCCAACGCCACCCUUGAGGGCGGAGAUUGAAAGUUAUCUCUUAGAGCUACAGGCCGAAGAUCCACCCAAGCUGAGUGCUGCUGCCACGGCGACUGGAGAGACGACGUCGUCCCUGGACUUCCUGUCUCCGCUGUUUAACUUUCCGCCUUACAACCAAGGGGUGGGGCCUGCUUUGGGAGUGCCUUACAGCCAGGAGGAGGGGCUACCUCUGCCUACGCCCAUGCAAGACACACCCGAGUCUCUUAGCCUCCUUCACACAAUCACGCACUCGCACACGCUCUCACAAACCAACGUACUCGCUCCUACUUAUACUCACCCGCCAACUCUGAAUACAACCACCACCCUGCCUCGCUUCCACCAGGCCUUCCAGUAACCCAAAUAGAUACACACACUUAUAAUUAUUAUAGCACUUAAUUACUUUUGUAAUAAGCUUAGGCCAUAGUCAAAUUCAAACAACCUGGUUUUAUAGAAUCAAGUUACUAUACCUAGAUUUUUGCAAAAUGAUUUUUACAUGGCUCGUUGUACGUAUUGCGGCAGUUUCCUUGUAAAAUGAACACUAGAGGCGCUACAAUAAGAAUUACUUUUAUUCAUUUUCACACAAAUCACAAGUAAAACGGCAGAUUAUCAGUUAAUAAACACUUACUUUCCACCCUGUUCCACACACAGUGCUAUUUUAAGACAUUUAAACACUUACUAUAGUAGUGCAUGACUUGCAAGGUGAUGCAUUUUAACGUUUGCAUUACAUAACCAGCUACAUUUACAAGCUAAUUGCAUGGUUGCUCAACUGAUAGAGUACUGCACUUGCAAUGCAAAGGACUGGGGUAUGUGUCCUGAAGAGCACGCAAGUCGAUAUGUGAGCCGAAAGUAUCAUAGAAGCACCACAAAAUGACACGAUUGCUUCAGCAAUUGCAUUUUUCAUGUCACAUUUGCUUCUAUUACACUAUCGGUUAGGUUUAGGUUUAGGUUUAGCGUAGGGAGGUUGGUUUUGUUCAUUUAAAACUCUAUAGCAUCAACCUUAACCUCAUCAGUUUGGGAGAAAAUAUAACUCACUUUUAGCGCCACACAGUGGACAUUUCACCUCAGAACUGCCACGGUAUGUGUAAUGAACCAUUACAUGUGCAAUAUCAUUUAGCAAAAUUGUUGCCUGAAUGAGAUCAGGCUGAAUUCAAACAAGCACAGAGCCUCACAAAUACUCGCCAAGGCAACAAUUACCUUCCUCAAGUCAGUGCUGCAUUUCGAGGGUAUUUCUUGAGGACAGUGUCAUACUUUAGGUAAUUUCAAGAGAUUACAAAUGCAUUUCUUAUUUUAGUUUCUAUAUAGAGGUGUUUUAGCAAUCAUUUUAGCAAUGGAGGAUGCCAAACAUCGGCUGACAACUGUAACUAAACAUGAAAUACACAGUUUUUUUUAGAGCAGGGCUCGGUUUGCAGUGAAGUUUCACUUACAAAAUCGGCAGAGACAGAGAGAGCAUAGCUUUUAAAGUCCUCUCAUUAGCACUUUGAACUUCUAGUGGUGUUGAAGUUCCAUCAAAGCUACAAGAUAAUUUGUCUAAUGUCGUUUUCGUCUGUUUGUUCUUUGUAUGGCUCAUAAACUGUGGGGUACUGAACUACCAGCGUUUUAGUGACCGUGUCACAACUCUUCACAGCCAAAGGAAACCAAACCCCUCAUAGCUAUAGAGAGGAAGGCUCAUCUCGUACGUUUCUUGUUCUGGAUUGUUGUCUUGUUCCAUUUUGUUUUUGUUUUUUGAUGGCUGUAUGCCUUCAUGCUGCUGCUCGUUUUAAGGGCCUCAAAAGGACACCAGCGCAGAACUGCUUCACAAUACAAACCAACAAAGGGAAAGAUGGACAAAGACUUUCUCACACACAUAUACACUCAUCCUCUCUCUCUCUCUUAAAGAAAUCGUUCACCCCACAAUGUCAUUAUUUGCUCACCCUCAUGUCAGUCCAAACCCGUAUGUUGUUAUGUUUUCCAUGGAAAACAGGAGGACAGAUUUUGUAGAAUUCUUACGCAGCUCUUUUCCAGACACUCAAAAAAUAAAUACAAAUAAAUAAUAAUAAUAAUAAUAAUAAUAAAAAAAACAUUUUAGCUUAUUUUUAAGAUGUAUGCAUUUUGAUAUCAUAACAAAAUUCCAUCAAAUUAAAUUUAACAAAUUUUAUUUAUAUUAAUAUUUAGUGUUUUUUUAUUUUAUUUUGUCGAAGAAUAAUACAUUUAAAUAUAUUAAGCUCCAACAUUAAUAAUAAUAAAACAUUUUAUUUGUACAGCAGCUUUUAUAUAGAGAGUGCAGCUCAACGUUAUUCACAUAUCAGAAAUUAAAAGUCAAAGGAAGUGACUGCAUUAAUAUAAAUAAUUUAAUAUUUAUAUUCAUAUUAAAUUCUAUUUACAUUGAAUGAUAAAAAAUAAAAAGUAAAAAUUCACACAUAUAUAUAUAUAUAUAUACAUACCUCCAUAUCAACCAAAUGCUAGUUAAUAUUUAUAUAUAUAUAUAUUAUUUACUGAUAAUCUCCACUGUAAAGCCCAAGUCUACAUCCAAGUUAAGAAAUGGUGUGUCUAUUGAUGCUAAAAUGGCAUUGGUUUGCAUGUGUAAUAAGUAAUGAUAUAAUAUAAAUAAAUGCAAUACGCCAUUUUUGUAGUCCACAAAAAAAAAAAAAACAUUAUAAUAAUUUUAAAAAACAGCAAAUGUGUUUUGAAUGACAUGAAGGUGAGUAAAUAAGACAGAAUUUUCCUUUUUGGGUGAACUAUACCUUUUAACAUUUUUCAACCUCAUCCUCCAGAAUGCUGGCUGUUGCACUGAUCAAUCCUGUCACUGAAAGAAACAUUCAUAUCAGUCUUUGCUGUGUCAGUUCAAACUCACAGCACAAACUCAAAAAUACAACACAAUCUGUGACAAACCCCAUUACUUUGACAUACUUCUCUACAAAACAUCUAAAGAUUUAAGAUGAUUUAAGAUUUAAGCUGGACUGGGAAUCCAAUCGAUGGACAUUUGUGAUGAAAACCUGAAGUAGUUCACACUGACAGUGAUUUGCAGCAACAAAGCCACCGGAAGUCGUUCAUUUUCAAUGAGAAUUGAAUUGCAGAUUUUAGACGACAUAAGCGAUAAAGACCGUUAAUUGCUGUCAGUGUGAACGCACCUUAAGGAAACAUUACACUUCCUUUAGUGUGUGUGUGUGUGUGUGUGUGUGUGUGUGUGUGUGUGUGUGUGUGUGUGUGUGUGUAUGAGUGUAUGGACAGAGUGUUAGCUAAAAUGUUUUUUGAUGUAUUUCCUCGGAAGCUGAAGGUUCUUUAAAGCUUAAUCGUUUGGAAAGCCUCUAUUUUGGGCAUAUGUUUCAUAAUAGCACUUUUCAGAAAAAUUAUAUGCCUUUUCUUAAGUCAUGUUCUUUUACAUUUUUUUUUUUUGUGAAAGUUACUUUGUUAUAAAUGGUUUAGAUAUCAUAUUUAGCUCUUUAGAAGAUUUUUAGCAUAUAUAAACAAUGCUAUAUGUGUGAUAUUUUUUACAGGUACACUUCAUACAGUGUUUUUGUUUUGUUGUUUUUGUAGUUUUGCUUUAUUGCACAAAAUAUCAAAUUGUCAGUGUAAGGCUUCAGCCAAACAGUGAAACAAAAAGGUCAAUUCCAACCACGAACACCUUCGGCAAGCACUUGCCCCUUUAUAAAGAUGAUAAGCAGGCCCACACGGACCUACAGAUGUUCGCAAAAUUGGAACGCCCCUCAUUCACAAAGUUUUAUACAUUUCUCGUAUUGUGUGUGUUAGUUUCUUAACAUUUUUGACUGAUUUAAAAGACGAAAUUCUGACGAUUUCCACCCCCAAGAUCAGCACAGAAAAGGCAAAGAACAUCUGCAGAUUCUUUUCAGGCCUGUGUGUAAGGAUUCUGAUUGCUUCAGUAUUCAAAAAGUGUGUUGAACUGGGUGCCCCGAAUGGCCCGCUACCAUUAGGUCAUCCGAAAUAGUGAUGUCAUUCAUUUAUAUUGCUGCUGAAUCAUGGACUUAUAUUGUGAAUCUAUAGGAUUGCUCGAAUCGAGAACAUUAUCAUUGGGAGCCACAAACUUUUAACACGUCUCCUAUUCAUUUUCAUUGGUACCAUCACAACACAGCGCAUGCAUGUGUGAGUGUGUGUGUGUGUGUGUGUGUGUGAGUGACACUCCUGCAAUAAAUCUGUUGGAUAAUGCUGCUAAUGGACAGCGUAGAACCGCUGGUGGUGCAAAAGACUUUCUCUCCUCUUUUUUUCUAACAUUUCAGACUGUUUAAAAAGUAGGUAUGUGUGCGUGUUCACAUGUGUGUGUUUUGGGGGUUGGGGGUGGGGGUUAUGUGAGCCAUAUUGUUCAUGUAUCUUUAACAGAGUUGAUCGGUCAUGACAAUUUGUAGGCCAGCCUGGAAGGCUAUUUCACCAUGAGUUCCUUCAGGAAUUUCAAAUGGGUUUUUAGAGUAAUGGUUUUUCGAUUUAUGGGUAAAAUAAGGUGUGUGGUUAACAUUACUUGAAAAGACUUUCACAUAUUGUUCUACAACAGAAAUUACACACAGUCAUACCUCAGAUGUACAUUUUGAAGCUGUUGUGUGCUUUAAAAUGUAAGUUGCUAACAAGCUGCUAUUUAAGAACUACAAACGCUCUCCAGUUCAUUAAGCAUGUAAACUCACAUCCUUGUGGUUGUUGUAGUCUUUAUUUAGCAACUUGUUUGCAACUUACACUUUUGAAACACACAGUGGCUUCGAAAUUCAUGUUUUGAGGUGUGGCUUUGUGUAAUUUCAAAGAGUGAAUUUAAAAACCACUGUGUGUUUCAAAAACACACGUUGCUAACAAGUUGCUAAAUUAGGACUACAACUACCACAAGGAAGAAAAUGUACAUGCAUAAUGAAUCAGACAACGGUUGUAGUCCUUAUGUAGCAAUUUGUUAGCAACUCACAUUUUAAAACCACACAAUAGCUUUAAAAGUUACAUUUGAGUUAUGACUGUGUGCAAUUUAUGCUGUAGAACAAAACGCUGAAGUCUCUUUAUGUAAUGUUAACCACAGGCCUUAUUUUCACGUAAAUCAAGAACUGCUAUUCAAAAAAAACCUAUUGGAAAUUCCAGAGGUAUCCCAUGGCUUGAAAAUGCUCAUUCUCUUCUGGGUUUUAGGUCUACAAAGUGAACAGUUCUAUUUAGUGCGACUAUUUAGGAGAUGAUGGAUGCCACCACAGCAAUGGGGAGGGCCGUGGGGGGUACUGAGAUAUGAAAAAGACAGCAUUCCAGCCAUAAUGAUGUGUGACAUUGUGUUCUUAUUGUUUCUGUAAUGCCAUCCUGUGAUAAUGGCCUGCUAUUGCUAAUCAAGUAUAUUUUACUUUAAUGUAUUUUACAAACUACUGUUGUACAUUGUAUAGCCUAAGACAGACAGAAUCCUAUAUAUCUAUGUGUGUGUGUGUGUGUGUGUGUGUGUGUGUGUGACGCGUUCGUACGCGUUUGAUUCCAUCAUGAAAACCUUCUGCCAUGGCUGACAAUUCAUUUUGUCUCCUACUGAUGACAUCACCCAAAGAGAAAGUUAUUUAUUCACUGGCUAGUUGAGUCAGGUUUGUGUUAAGGGAGGUGAAUAGCAGGCUGUUGGCAGUUGUGUGCAUGUGUCUGAUAGAGAAUUGUGUGUUUCUGUGUGUUCAGACGACCUUUGCUGCUAUGUGAGGAGAGGAGAGAUUUGGUCCAGUGUUAAUACUGUUCACAGUACUGAGUGAUCAAUAAACAUACAAGAAGGACUCACUUU